AAAAGUCUAUCGAUAGACGUCAUAAGACUUUUAUCAAGCGGGCGAUAGCAAUGUGAUAAAAUGAAGGAUAGAAAAUUUGCUCAGUUAUUAUUUUUGAUCUUACUGUUUCAUGUGUAACUGAGUGUAUAAAUUACUAAUUAUUAAAGUGAAUAAACUGAAAAUUGUGCCGGUUAAAGUGUUUUUCACGUUUUCCCACAUCUAGGUCUAAUCUGUCCUUGAUUUAAAGAUAAAUGAGUCUUAUCGUGUUUAAGGUUCCAAACAGAAGCCUCAUUAUCAAUAUUUGAGGAUUUAGUUAAGAUUUGCAUUUCACGUGAUGUUUUGAAAUUGUAGCCAAAUUUUUUUUUUAAAUGUGAAAACAUGGAGUAAGGAAUAUUAAAAAGCUAUUAUUAACAAGUAAAAAAUAGGGACCCUCAUAAAUACUACAACUGCAAAAUGAGAGUACGAAAGAAACCUGACCUAAGAGUACACAUACCAUCUUACCCACACGAUUACGUAGAAAUGCCACCAGAAACUAAAAGGCUAAUUUUAGAAGCAAACCGAACGCCGAAUGAUAUCAAAUUCAUCGAUGAAGAAGACCCUGGAUCAUCACAAACCAGCUUUCAAAUUGGUUCACCUAUAUCUCCAGUCCCUAGUGUCAAAUACGCCGAUCGACCUUCAACUCCUGAAGUCACUAUAUCAGGUCCGGAAGAUAUGAAAGUGAAUAAUGAUAAAAGCCAACUGGAAGAAGCACCACAGUCCAAAGUGACAAUUGCCGAUGAUGAUAUUGAAUUCAGAAAACAUCCAAUGAGGAAAAGGUCUAUUACAGUACCUGAUGCUUUAAAAGAUUUUCAAGCUAUACGCAACAUGUAUAUUAACGCAAAAGUGAACAAAAUCCCCGAGCACCACCAGAGCGCGGGGUCCGGGUUUAGCGACGGUGACCACCCCACCGACCACAAUGAGGUGAUGUCCGACGAUGAUAGACCAAAGACCCCCCUCCGCUCCCCCCGGCGCGGCCCCAGGCGUCUGGGCAGGUCAGAGUUCAGCAUGGAUGAGGAAGACUACUCGCCCAGCAACUCUGUCACUUCCGUCAACUCCCUGGCCAGCUUGCUGAAGGAGAAACUACAGAGUAUCCCGCAGAAGAUCAGGAAAAAACCGACCGAUUACAAACUCCGGGCGUUCGUGUGCCUCAUGUUCCUCGCAGUAGCCUUCUUCAUUGGGUUCGCUUACGUCCUCUACCACAGACAAGCGCAGACCAAGGCCUACUUCGACAGCGUGCAGUUCAAUGAACCCAAGAGGUUGUUUAGGAUUAUCAAUGCUGAUGAUGUUGAGAUAUUCAAAGCUAGUUUGGCUGUCGGCAUUGAAGGCAAAGUGAAAGCAUACCCGUGCCUUCCUGAAGACAGACGCAAAGACGGCUCGGAAUGCUUGGAGUGGCUUCACACACUGAGGUUUUACCUCAAGAGUCUUCCCCAUGACCCUGGAGUUGACAACACCACAUGCUAUUCUAUUCAUUGGAAGGCUUUAAGAAAAGAUGUUUAUCCAAACGACUGCUUCGAUUGGGCCGACACAAAAGUUCACUGGUACGGAGGUGGUCAGUCCCUUAACCUGACUUGGCCCUUAGACAGCGGCUCCAUCGACUACACUCCAUUCAUUACAGGAGAUAUACAAAAAUACCAAUGGAGCAAUGUACUCACUAGAUAUCUCAUUAACACUAAGGGAGCUGCUGUAAUCAUAGAUGAUGAAACGCCUCUACAAAUGUCUGUAAAUAAAGACCAAAAAGCCAUUUGCAUCAAAGCGCAAUUCGACGAGUUCGCAUACGCAAACAGAUUGACAGAAUUCCCAGAAAUGAGAUACAAUAUCUGCACUUCAAGGGAUAUCAAAUCGCUGCAUUCCUCGAUUCACAAUCAUCGCAGAGCCCCUCUGUGGGAUGGUCUGAAACCAGCUGACAUGUCCAUUUUAGACUCGCUCAUUUCAGAACCAGUUUGGCAAAUAGCUCCGAGAUUCAAACAAGAAUUGACAUCAGACACAAUAUCGCAAUACACAGAGGACGUGAUCAAUUUAGGAUUUUUGAAACAGGGACAUGUUCUGAUUAAUGAAUUUUGGCAGAAUGAAAUUGGAGAUUUAGCCGUAGACACCAGUCGAUUUUCAACUUUGAACGAAACUAUUGAUAAAUUACAUCGAAGGGGAUUCAAAGUUGCAUUUACUGUACAACCAUUUAUAAGCACUGAGAGUGCAAAUUUCGCUGAAUGUGUACAAAAAAGAUUACUUGUAAGCGAGAGGAAUAGUGACAGAAGAAUACCUGCUCUGACGAGAUUUAAAUCCUUAGCAAGCGCUGGUGUAUUAGAUAUAACGAACAAUAGGUCAGUACCUUGGAUACUGGACAAAUUACAAACGGCUAUAGAUGAAUAUCAUAUAGAUUCAUUUUACUUUGACCUGGGUCUUGCGUAUGACAUGCCACAUUAUUACCAAUGCGAGAAAAGGUUGAUAAAUCCAGAUCAAUACAAGACACAUUUUACGAAGACUUUCGAGAAAAUUUUAAAUAUAAUCGGUGUCUCAUCGGCGAUAUCUUUACCGAGACCGCCCAUAUUUGUAUCGUUACCUCCUUUUGAGUCUUCUUGGGAAGCUUUGAGGCAAGUUAUACCGACGAUAUUAACUUAUGGCGUAAACGGAUAUCCUUUUGUAAUGCCAGGAGCCGUCGGAGGUGAUAUUUAUUGGCCUGGGAGUGAACAAUUUUUACCGUCGUCCAAAGGGUUUUUAGAUUUCAAUGCAACAAACACUACACAAGAUAAUGGCAUUGAAUUGCCUGAGGUAGAGUUGUACAUGAGAUGGCUGCAAAUGGCGACGUUUUUACCGGUGAUGAAGUUCACUCACUUACCCAGCAAGUAUAAUGAUGAUAAAGUUUUGGAGUUGGCGAAGAAUUUGACAUCUUUGAGGCAGAGAUUGGUCACCCCACUCCUUCUUAAGUACAAAAGAGAAGCAUUAGAAGAGGGUUUGCCUCUGAUCCGGCCUCUGUGGCUUGUGACCGGUGGAGACCCAGCUUUAUACGUGAAAGACGAGUUCGCUCUUGGUGACGAAAUUGUAGUAGCACCAGUACUUUAUCCCGGAGACACUACUAGAGAAGUGUAUCUACCCGCUGGACUCUGGCAGGACGGCAUUGACGGUUCUCUACGGAAAGGUAACAGGUGGAUGCACGAAUACAAAGUGCCCUUGGACAAAGUGGCUUACUUUCUGAGGAAACCAGACGACAUGAGGUUUAGAUAGGAGAAAAUAAAUUUAUAUUAUAUAAAUAAAUAAUAUAAAUUUAUUUAUAUUUUGAAUAAUCAAAAUAAAAACGAAACAAACUAAUGAACAAUUAGUGAAUUAAGAAAUCAAAUUAAAAUUAAAAAAUAAAGCCAAAUGAGAAUAGAAAAAUAAUAUUAUGUAGCGGUAAAAACAUUCCUAUCAAAUAAUUUUUGCCAUAAUUUUGUAAUAUUUAAGUGAUAAUUGCUUAUGUGAAUUAAUAAGGGAAGGAUCGUUUAAAAAACACUUGUUAAUAAGAAAAUAACAUUUGUGUUAUGUAAUAACUUCUAGUCUUUUAAAAAUCAUGAUAAAUAUUAAAGAAAAAUUGAUUUCAAUUUUAGAAUAUUUAAUUUUAGUAUUGUAGUUUCACUAAUCGAUGAUAGAAAUAAAAUGUUUUUUUUGAUAUCUAUGAUCUUAUCAAUUAGAUAUCUAACGAUAUAAAAAUUUUAUUGUGAUAAAAUAUGUAUAUUUUUAUUGAGAUUUACUAAAAAAUAUAUACGUAGAUGUUGUAAGUAACAGUCCUAAAUAAUUCUAAAUAAGAUAAUAAUACCUAAUAAAUUAGAUAAUAAUAAUCAGAAUUCUCUUAUUUCUUGAAUAAGUUAAUUAAUUAAUAAGAUUGAUUAAUGAUUAAUUUUGUUUUUUAAUUCAUAUUUGAUUAAUCGAUUUUUUAUUAAUUCAUAAUAAGUUGAUUAAUUAUCUUAUUCAACGAAUUAGGAAAUUCAGUAUUUAAAAAGAUCAAUAUCGUUUAAAUUUGAAUUCUUUGUUGUUGAAUAUAAACAUUUUUUUUAACUGUUUGUACAUUCUUAGCCAUGUUGCUGAAAUUUUAUAUACAUUUUAAUAUUGCUUAAGUGUAAAACAUUAUACACCAUAAAUCAUAUACAUAUAUGUAAAUAGGUAAACAUAUAAACUUGUUUAUCAGACUUUUACUCGAUACAUUCCAGUUAGGUACGUGUAGUAAUUGUAAGUGUAAUUUUUGGCAUAAAUAUAUAUGUAUAUUUAUUUAAAGCAUAUUAUUAGUUGAAAGUAGUAUCUAUUCUUUAGUCUACUAAGUUGUGCAAUGUAAGUGAAAUUACGUUUCAUCAUUUGAAAGUUUUUUUGUUUGUAUAUAAAAAUGCGUUCGCCUUCUUAAUUAGUUCGAUUAUGUUAUUAUAGAUAUAUGAGUUUGUGAUUUAGUCACUGCCUCUCGAUGUAUGUUAGAUUAUGAAAAACAGUAAUUAUUAAAUGUUUAGUAACCAACAAAAAAUAAUUAUCUUUGCUAGUUGCUGUAUUAAAAAAUGAUUGUAGCAUUUAAAAAGAAAAAAAAAGAAAGGAUUAUAUAACGAUUUUUGUUAUUUGGAA